GGAAGUUCAGUGUUCAAUUUCAGAUCUUUCACCUGAACAUUUAGCUGUUGUUGGAGAUGUGUAAAGACCUUCAGUCUUAAACAUGUACGGCCCUCCAGUGGAUCUAUCAUUUAAGGAUAUCAACAGUGUCACAGGUGCGCUGGCAGAGGUGCCCCGAAGUGGACUGCGGCCUUUAAAGACAAACUCUAAGGGGAAGUAUCAGAGCUGCAGUUUGCGUCUCAGUAAUAACAGCAUCUCUGACGUCACCGGCCUUCAGUACAUUCUCAGCCACUUUCUGGCUCAACCGUCGAAGCUCGGCUGGCUGGACCUGUCGUUUAACAAAAUCACAUGCAUAGACCCGGUUUUGUGCGAGCUGAGUGAAUUGCGUGUGUUGUACCUUCACGGCAACAACAUCUGGAACCUGUCAGAUGUUGACCAGCUUAGAGAGAUGCAGUAUCUACACACCAUCACGUUGCAUGGGAAUGCCAUAGAAACCAACAUAAACUACAGGAAUCAUGUGAUUACUGCCCUGCCUCAUUUGAAGAAGAUGGAUUUCAGUGCUGUGACACGCGAACAGCAAGUCCUGGCAAAUGUUUGGCAUCACGGCAGAAAUCGUGGGAAGAACACCAGGGAGAGCCUCCAGUGAAGUCAUUCAUUUGAUUAAUCGAUUUUCAACCCACUGCUGAAACAACUUUGGGAGUAAAUAUUUUCUUUCCCAAAAAUAUUUUUAUCCUGUUGAAUUGAUUUAUUAAA